GUACGUGCUCAGGCGCAACGAACUUUCGUGACGUCGCGUGUUCAAAUUUUGUUGUUGCCAAUAAUCGAAUUGCAAUUGCCUUGUUUUUUUGUUUUUUGCAAUAACUGACAACAUUUAAUUAAAGCUAACGGCAGUGUGUGCAAAUAGCUGAUAAUGCAAACAACGAUUGUUGAGUUACUAAAGGCAAACGAAAUGCCGCAUGGAACAUGGUGACAACAAUCAAAAUUACCUGCGAUGGCGUUUUCAUCCAAUCCAACUCGUAUCUCACGCCCACUCAAACGAAUACGACGACAGUAGCAACUGCAGCAGUAGCAGCGACAGCUGCAGCAUCAUCAGCGUCAACUGGCAACAGUUUGAGCAACGAGAGCGACAACUCGCAGACGAGCAGCGGCAGCCAGAACGCAGGCAGCAGCCAGAACAGCAACAAGAAAUCAUCGACACGUUCCAAUUGCAGCAGGCAUCGAGCAGCGGCUGGCGCGGGCUCGCAGGACACGCGCAGGCGUUACUAUUAUUUUGGCAGCAAGGACGUCUAUUGGUGCAAGCAGAGCCUGACGCGCAGCGCCAGCAGCCUGAGCCAGCGCGAAUCGAACAACUGCAGCAGCGCCAUCAACGGCCACGCAACUGCUGGCCAAAUCAUUUCCAAGGCGCGUCGCCGACCCCUGCAGCUGUGCAGCAGCUUGAGUGCUGCAUAUGCGCCGCCAAAGCGCAAGGAGUUUUAUUUUUGUGAUAAAUAUGCGGCCACAGGUGGUGGCAGCAACAGCACUGGCGGUGGCAGUGGCACGGGCUCCAACUCCAACAGCAGAGGCAAGCACACAGCUGUACAGCCCAUUGAUGUGCGUUUGCUGAACUUUCUGCGUAACGCACAGCGCAGAUUUCAAUCAGCAGCAGCAGCAACAGCAACAACCACAACAACAGCAGCAACUAAACCAAAGUCUGAAAGCAGCAGCAGAAGCAACACCAAAGAACGUGCGUCAGCCAGGAGCAGAAGCAACGACAACAACAACAACAACAAAAUCAACAGUAGCAGCAGCAGCUCCCUGCCGCCCAUCAUCAGCACCGAUGAUUGGUUUGACGAAGAAGCAAGCGAAACAAAGGCUAAGGACAUACAAACGCGCAAAAGCCAGUCAAAGAUAGCAAAGCCAAGGACGACGACAAAAGCAGCCGGCGAGGGUGAGCUGAUAACCGUUGAAAUCAAACAGGGUCAGUUGAGGCACAAACAGCAGCAGAAGCAACAGCCGCAGCAGCCGCAAAAAACACAAACAACAACACCAACUGCGGCUGCAAAGCCGCCAAAAUCAACAACAACAGCAACUGCAAGAGCGCAAACCGGAAACGUAACACCAACAGCAGGUGACAGGAGCGUCAGCAGCUGCAAGGUCGAGGAUAUGAACAGCCACGCGACCGCCACGCAGAACGGACAAACAACGGUCGUUGGUCAUCAUCGCGGCUUCUCGCAGCCAUCGGUCAACGCGUCAGCUGCAACCGGCGGCACAGCUGGCGAUCCAUGGUAUCUGCAGGCCACCGGGCAUCAAAUGCCGCCAACCGCACCGCUUCGCCACAAUAAACGACCCGCUCCACAGCCCAAUUCCAUGGGUGCUGUCGGUGUCGGGGUCGGUGUUGGUGUCGGCGUCGGCGUCGGUGUGGGCGUUGGUGCCACAACGCUGCUACAUCAGCAACAGUUGAGCCAAUCCCAGCCACAUAUUAUGCCGCCGAGCAUACCACCGCAUCAUCAUCAUCAUCGCGAAAACAAUGUGCACCCAACACCAGCAGCAGCAUCAGCAGCGUCGGCGGCGGCGUCAUUGCAUCUGUCAUCGCAUGCAUUAAAUAGUCAUAAUUUAAUCAACAAUCAUUCGCCAAAAUCGCCCAACCAGACGCAACAGCAGCAGCAGACGACGACAAUACACCAGCAGCAGCAACAACAACAACAACAGCAGCAGCACAACAUAUUGUCAACAUUUGCUCCCGCGCCAAUAGCAACAGGAACACAUGCCCAGGUUGAGCAGGCAGCAGCAGCAGCGGCAUCCGUAACCGCAGCAGCUGUUGCCGCCGUCACACAGCAACAGCAGCAGCAGCAUAUGCAGCUGCUGGCGAACUGCGCUUCCAGCAAUAAUCUAAUGUCCUCCUCGCUAACACUGCAUGCGCCAGUGGGCGCAUUGCCGCCAAAAAGCUUAGCCCUCACCGGCGGCAAUGGCAGCAACAGCGGCAGCAACAACAUGUUGGUGCAGUGUACACAGCCAACAGUUGCCAACAGCGGCAGCAGCAGCGGCAACAACAACACCAGCAGCAACACUAGCAACAGCAACACCACAGGCAUGUCCACAUCGCUGCACAGCUUCGAUUUAAACGGCGGCAGCUUGGACAAGUGGACAAGUGGCUCCACAACGGCCAUGAAUCAUGCAUCGCUAUCGCCCACAGGUGCACCGCAGCAACAUCAGUUGCGCAAAUGUGAAGUUAAGCUGAAUGCAAUGCCCUGGUUUCAUGGCAGCAUAACGCGCGACGAGGCGGAGCAUUUGCUGCAGCCGCGCGAGGAUGGCCUGUUCCUAGUGCGCGAAUCGACAAAUUUUCCCGGUGAUUAUACGCUGUGCGUUUGCUUUCAGGGCAAGGUAGAGCAUUAUCGUGUCAAAUAUCUGGAGAAUAAGUUAACCAUCGACGACGAGGAAUACUUUGAGAAUCUGGGGCAACUUGUAGCACACUAUGAGGCCGAUGCGGAUGGUCUAUGCACGCAGCUCAUUAAAUGUUUGCCCAAGUUGGGUAAACAAGAGUUUUGCAUCAACUCCAAAGAGUUUGUCGACAAGGGCUGGGUAAUACCCGAGGCGGAGCUGCAGCUGCGGGAGAGCAUUGGCAAGGGCGAGUUUGGCGACGUCAUGCUAGGCAUAUUGCGCAACGAGAAGGUCGCUGUCAAGAUGCUCAAAGAUGAGGGCGCUGUGCAAAAGUUUCUCGCCGAGGCGUCGGUCAUGACCACGCUGGAGCAUGAGAAUCUGGUCAAGUUCAUUGGCCUCGUUUUUACCAGCAAGCAUCUCUACUUGGUUACGGAAUACAUGAGCAAAGGAUCGCUGGUUGAUUAUUUGCGUUCGCGUGGACGACAGCACAUAACCAAAAAGGAUCAAAUCAAUUUCGCCUUCGACACCGCCUCUGGCAUGGAGUAUCUGGAGGCCAAAAAGGUUGUGCAUCGCGAUUUAGCUGCACGUAAUGUGCUCAUCUCGGAGGAUUGUGUGGCCAAGGUAUCUGACUUUGGUCUGGCACGCGAGGAAUGCUACAAUCUCGAUGUUGGCAAGCUGCCCAUCAAAUGGACAGCGCCCGAGGCACUCAAAAAUGGCCGCUUCUCUAACAAAUCAGAUAUGUGGAGUUUUGGCAUACUACUGUGGGAAAUCUACUCCUUUGGACGUGUGCCCUAUCCCCGAAUUCCACUGGCGGAUGUGGUAAAACACGUAGAGGUUGGCUACAAAAUGGAAGCACCAGAGGGUUGUCCAGCGGAAAUCUAUGAAAUGAUGCGUCAGGCGUGGGAUUUGAAUCCAGCGAAGCGGCCAACAUUUGCGGAGCUGAAAGUGAAACUGCAGCAGCUAAAUAAUGCCACGGCGUGAGAGGUUCACGCCAACAACAACUAAAAACAAUUCCAAUAGCUAAUGGAAAUUUAUGUUUAAAACGUCUUUAGUUUGAGGGCUGGAAAAAGGAUAGGAGAACCGCCAAGGCAGAACGAAAGCUUCAUUUACACACUGACACUGAACGCAACAAUUUUUCGUAUAUAUAUAUAUAUUUAUAUAUAUCAUUCUCUAGACGUAUAUAACUAAUUUACAACAAUUUAUUUACAUAUAUAAUUUAUGCGAUAAGUUUUUUGUAAGCUUAAGCGAAGAAAACCCAACACAAUCAAGCAAUGUUAGUGAGUUGCGCCCCAGCUAACGAUCUAUAACUACAAUAUAACGAUAUAUACAUAUACAUAUAUAUAUACAUAAAUACAUACAAACAUACGUACAUUACAUAAACAUAUUAACAUAUAUGCUGCGUUGUGUAGUUUACUAUUACUAUUUCAAAAUUAUAUAUAUAUUUGUGUUAACUGUAGGCUCUAUAUUUAUAUUGUUUGGCGCCCCCAACUCAACCAAUUGUACACACUACUUUCUCUACUCCUUUCUCUCUCUAUAUAUAUAAUUAUAUAUACUAAUCUGUACGUUUUAUGUUAUAGAAUACGCAUACAUAUGAGUGCCCCGGCGGAGCUUAACUGUCUUUUUGGUGGGGCGUUAACAAACAGCUUUUGUUUAUAUAUUGUUUUUCUCUUCAGCUUAUUUGUAAAUCCCAAUUUCGGGCGAGUUUUGUACAAUUUCUGUUAAGCACUUUCUAUUUGUAGCACAAACGACCAGCAACAAAAACUUGUACAACAAGUUGCUGAACAAAAACAACAACAUUAAGUAUAAUAUAAAU